AAUCAACUGGUUUUGACAAAUGUAUACAGUUGAAUUACCACCACUGUAAUCAUGAUAAUAGAUUAGAAUAUUUCCAUUAUCCCAAAAUGUUCCCUUAUACCACUUUGCAGUCAUUCUCUUCCCCCAUCUCAUCAUCCCUAGCAAACAUUAAUCUGUUUUCUAUACAAUUUCACCUUUUCUAGAGUUUCAUAUAGAAGGAAUAUAUGCAGUUCUUUCUUGUCUGACUUUUUAAAUUAGUAUAAUGCUUUUAAGAUUCAUUCAUAGUGUUGCAAUUAUUGGUUGCCCAUUACUUUUAAUCACUGAGUAAUAGUCUAUUAAAUGAAUUUACCACAUUUUGUUUAUCCAUUCACCAGUUGAAGGACAUUUGGGUUUUUCCUGUGUCUGGCUUUUUACAAGUAAAGCUUCUAUGAACUUCCACAUACAAAUCUUUGGAUGGACAUAAUUUCCUUUCUCUUGGAAAAGAGUUACAGGAUUAUAUGGUAAGUGCACAUUUAACUUUAUAAGAAACUUACCAAGUGUCUUCCAUAGUGUCUGUACCAGUUUUCAUUUCCAUUAGCAAUGUAUAAGAUUCCAAUUGCUCCACAUCCUUGCUGACACUUGGUAUUGUUAGUCUUAAAUUUUAGUCAUUUCAGAGAGUAUGUUACGAUAUCUCAUUGUGGUUUUAAUUUUCAUUCCUUAAUAACUAACAACAUUGUGCUUCUUUUCAUUUAUUUAUUUGCUAUCUGUAAAUCAUCUUUGGUGAAGAGUCUAUUUAAAUUGUCCAUAUUUUAAUUGAGUUGUUUGUCUUUCACCUGUUGAGUUAUAAUCAUUCUUUAUAUAUUCUGGAAGCAAGUUCUUUUCUGGAUAUAUACUUUGCAAAUAUUUUCUCCCUGUCUGUGCAAAGCCUAGCUUAACCGCUUUUAACCGUUACCUAUAUUGCCUCUCAAUAUUUCUUGAAAUAUAUGGGAAACUUCUUUAGGGAGGUAGUCCUCUCCUACUAGCCCUUUGGGUUUUGAAAUUAAUAUGGGCUAAGGGAACCCUAUUAAGAUUUUUGUUUGAAAAUCCGAUGUUCACAUUUUCAGUACUAAGUGAAUCUCUUUCGUUUUGAUACAGAACAGAAAAAUCCUUUUCUGGACUUGAAGAAUUGAUGAGAUCACCGUGAUUACCUCUGAACUCUCUUUCUUUACCAUUCACUGAAAAUAAUUAGACACGUUUCAGUUGCAGAAACACUGCCCUGGGCAACUUGUCCUGAGGUGUCCUGUUUUUAAUCUACUAGUUGUUUUGUUUCCUUAUGGAGAAAGAGGGUUUCCAGCAGUUGGACCUGAAGAAGAAUAGACCUUCCGAAAGGACUCCCAAAAGGAUCAUCCAUUUUGCUGAUGGAGACAUCAUGGAAGAAUAUAGCACAGAGGAGGAGGAGGAAGAAAAAGAGGAACAGAGAACUAAUUCAACACUUGAUGCUUCCAAACCUACAUGGGGGGCCUAUCUAUGGUCUUGGGCAGGGCGAAUAGCAAGCACCUCAUUUUCUACAUGUGAAUUCCUUGGUGGAAAAUUUGCUAUCUUCUUUGGUCUUAAUCAACCCAAGUAUCAGUAUGUCUUAAAUGAGUACUACAGAAUGCAAAAUAAGCAGGAAAGUGAAAAGGAAAACGAAGGGAAUGGUUCAAAUGCCCAGUCAGCCUCCGUUCCUAAUGAAAAGUGUCACCUGAAGGCUGGGAGCCGAGAGUAUGGAACCAGAGGACAGGACUUCGCCGAGGGCAUUCCGCAGUGGAGCAUCUCAUCAAAGGAUGGCCUGGUGUCAGAUUCCAACCCAUGAUGAGGCAGCAGUGGCUGGAGUUCCCCAGGAUCUCUGUUCCUUGACUACUGAUUACCAUGGCAACAGCACCACAGGUAGCACUUCUGAUUGCCUCAUGAUUUAUUCUCAAGUAUCCAGGAAUUGCAAGCAACAAUCAGAUAAUUUCAGUUUCUUUCUCAAUAUGAAUUUUUAUUUAUAACACUCCCUUCCUACCUCCACCCCAGGAUUACAAGUCCUGUGAGCCAGUUGAGAUCUGUUAGUACUGACAUUUGCACAGUAAUAUAAAUGACUGAAGGAACUUGGGUCUGGGGGUUUGGGGCUGCAACUCUUUGGCUUUGGGCUAGGGUGCUAUAAAGACACUCCUGUUCCUCAGAAGAGCCUUUGGGUACCACAAAGUCUGAGUAAAUCCCCUUCCAGGUUUUGACAUAAGAUGUGUCCUUCCAAACAACCAUCCUGGCUUAGUUGAGGCUUGCUUCACAAUAAGCAAGUGUUGCAAAUACCUUUGUUACAAGAUCUUUACCAAAGUCUUUAAGAAUUAGGUGCUCUUUUUUUUUUCUUCUAAACCACAAAUAAAUAAAGUUAAGCUCUAGAAAACAUAUUUUAAAAAAUAGAUGAUUUUAUUUUUAUUUGCCAACAAAUUUUCAAAACCUAAAAAGAUCAAAUACAGAAAUCAUAACUAGAUAACACAGGCUGUACUGGCCAAAGGUAAAUGUGAUGUGGUCAAAACCACAGGAUUGGCAGUAAGAACAUCUGAGUUGAAGUCCCAGCUCUACCACUUUCUAGUUGUUUGGUUUUAUGUGUCCAGAUUUCUGAGCCCCAGUCUCCUUCAUUGUAAAAUACAGGUGGCAAAUAUUUGUUACUCAAAGGCUUAUUGUUAACAGAAUGAAAUAAAAAAU